AUGUCGUGUCCAUUCGCCAAGUUCGCCUCGCUCUUCCCUUGCGCUACCAAAGAAGAUUCCUCCUAUCACCACCACUACUCCUCCUCCUCCUCCUCAUCGUCAUCAUUAUCAUCGCCGAGCUCAAGCCUGAGCGAAGCACUCCGUCUCGGCACAGCCUCCAGCCAUCGAGCGGUAGAAAAAUCACUCGGAGUCUCACUCCUCCUCCAGUCCAUAAACCCUUCCACUUCUUCCACUAGCCCGCUUAAGUUCGACAGAGUUGAUUAUAUACGAUUCAACAUUAUGCUGGCCUGCAUCUACAUUGCGUUGGAGGCAAGUUUGCACAACAGUAGAGAGCAAGUGUUGGUGAAAGCGUUGUUCAACGAUGCAGGCUUGAUGCAGGCUUUGGCUCGGACGCAGGGGUUGUUGAGGGAUGUUGAGGUGCAUCUUGGCACAGUGGAGCUCCACACUGGUGCCACACUGGCAGAUCUAGCAGAGGCCUCAAGAGAGGAGAAUGCAGCUAUCUCUCUAUCCAGUGUCGUUGCAGAGGAUGUGGAGAGUGAGGGUGCUCGAGACAGGUUGCUACAGCUGGUUCAGAGCUCAUUACCAAUAGCACUGCUCUUGAACCCAACCGAGACUAGGAACACAGGGCUGACAGAAGAGCACAUAGCGCUCCUAACACCAGCACAGAUGCACGCAACCCUAUCCUACGUAUCCACUCUCCUCAGUCUAUCCCAAACCGGCAAUCGAGGCCCGUUGCUCUCCCACGCAUACACAAGAUACCUAGGCGACCUAUCCGGGGGUCAACACAUUGUUCGAAAACUAUGCAAACGCUUUGCUACCGAAAAGGGGGACGGAUUCGAAUUUUACUCCUUCUCCGCAGGUGCAGACCUUAAGUCCAGGUUCAGGGUCGCAAUGCAAUCAACACUCCCCAACCCAGCAACAACCUCAGCACUGGUUGCCGAAGCGAACAGGGCAUUCGACCUAAACACAGCCCUUUUCGAAUCUCUACUCCCGGCAGACCUACGUAUGCAACCCGAGAGAGUGCAUGUAGAGCCGAAUCAGAAGCUUGGAGCAGUGCAAGUAGCGUUGAAAGGUAAGGAUACUGGGCAUCGAUGGAUGAUGGUUUCCCUAGCUUGCGUAGCGAUGGCCUUGUGGAUUGGACACAGUUUCAUGUUGGUUAAGCAGGGGUUCGUGCAAGGUGCUGUAGCCUAA